AUGGCGUGGACGACAGUCAAAAUGAGGGGGUUUCAAAAUGUAGCUUCACGAUGGGAUUCGUUUCCGACAGGGCAGGGUUCGCAUGGAGUAGAAGAGAAAAUGUUGUCUUCUAUUUUUUUGUUCGAGUUUCCAGAUAGGAUAAGAGCUUCUGAUAUAUUCGAGUUGUUUGGUUGCACCGAUGAGGUUAUGGAAGUGGUGAUUCCUCCUAAAAGAAAAAAUUUGGGUAAAAGAUUUGGAUUUUCUAGGUUUAAGGAGGUGGAAGAUUCAAGGGUUUUGGCGAUUAAGGUGGAUAACAUUAUGAUAGAUGGUAAAAAAAUAUGUGCAAAUCCACCAAUGUUUGAUAGAAGCGUCCAGAACGGAGGUUCCGGGAGGGAGGGAUAUUUCUCGGUUAAGGUUUCUAAUCUGGGAGCGAAUCUUGUGCUUCUAGAAGAACUAGAAGAAUGUGUAAUUUCAUGUUUGAUUAAGGAAGGAAAAUCUUGGUUGAAUCAUUGGUUUUACAAUAUAAGGGCAUGGAAAGAGGACGAUGUUGAUAAUGAAAAAGAGGGGUGGACAAAUGGUGGAUCCAAUGAUAAAGGAGAAGACGGUUUUGACAGCCAUGACAUUUCUUCAACUCAGGCGGAAGAAAACUGGUCAGACGAUAGUGAGUUCAAAAGGGGGGUGAACAGUAUUGAAGGUGUAGGGAAGGAGGUGAUAGGUAGUGCUGAUUUUGUUAAGUUUAGUACGGCUGAAAAGAUGGCAGUAGGUGGGUCUUUUGAUGAUUCUAUUGGAUUGGCAAAGACGUUUUCAUUUAGCAGUGGUAACUGUAGAAAGUAUUUUUUUGUUUUUUUUCCAAAGGGACUAGAGUAA